CGUAUAUUUGAUAGUCUGGUACGGCAAUAAAUGAAGUCUAAUGUUAACCAAAUUAAUCUGUAUUUUCCAUUUUUUAUUCUUACAUCUAUUACUAUAUCUUGAUAUAAAUAGUUGGUGAUUACAUCAGAAAUAAUUGAAAUAAAUACUCAAAAUAAAUACAGAUACGAUUCAAUAUUCGCUCAACAUAAAACCAUAAGAUUUACAUUGGGGACAUUGUGGAAUGUCAAACAAAAAAACUACCUGUAAGAAAGGAUUAAAUAAUUAGAAGAAAUCAACUAAUAAUUACAAAGGGUAAAAUGAAAAUUUAGAUAGAAAGACUAGGUGCAAAUGAUUUCUUCUGCUUUGUACUUUGUUUAAAAGUAUGAUAUAUCAAAGACAACAUACCUGUGGAUGAAUUGGACAAAAAUAACGUACUCUGCCCUUUGUCCAGUAACCACAAACAUUACAUAGCACGACAGUGUAUGGUCUAUGGCAAAGGCACCUAUCCGCAGGGAUUAUUCUGUAAUAAAAACGGUCAAACUUUUGAAAAUUAUGAUCGAUUUAAGAUUGAGAGUAUAUUGUAACGCAAGUAGACAUGGCGAGAAGGUAAAACGAUAAUCGACCCAUUGAUCGAUUUAAUUAGAAGUUUACAUAUAUAGAGACGUUAUUAAUCCCAAUAUGGUACAAUGUCUCCGAGGUUCGAUGUGAUUUUUCAUGCGUUUACUUGUUUAAGGAAUUUUGGAAAAAAUCAUUCAAAUACUUUAAGGUAUCUACUUUAAGAUCCUGAAAUUAGAUAUUCAAAAAGAAAGUUAAAGAAGCUUUCAGUAAGUUUUUCAACGAUACUUAUAAAUGGCGGUAACCUUUACAUUUUAAUUCGAUGAUUUUUGUAAAUUGGUUAACAACAAUAAUCUAUACAACAGCGUAAUAUUUCUUUUCAUCUUUUUUAUGUGAACGGCAUUGUCUUUUUAUAAUUUAAUCGCUUCCUAUUUUGUAAGUUGUCGAAUAUUUAAGACGUAAUAUUUUACAGAUAUUUUUAUUGUUUUUCAAAGAGAUAUACAGGUACGGAGUAAUCGAUUAACCAUUUCUGAGGUUAUGAGAAUCAUUUGUAAACGUUUCAAAAAUUGUCUUCUCUUUAUCCGUUCAUUGUUCAAAUUCAAAUUAUGUUAAAUAUAGCAUUACCAAACAGAGUCAAUUUAUUAUAUUCUUCUUGUAAAAAUAUUUCUUAUAUAUUUGUGUGCUGCUUAUAUCUUUUACUGUUCGAAAUCAAAAAGAUCUCAGUGUGCCAUUGCUGUCGAUGCUUGCGAUUAUAUGUAAAUAAUAUAAUUAAUAUUAAUGCGAGCUAUGAUCAAAUAAUAUUAACAAUGCAUGCUCUAAAAUAUUUGAAUUUUAAAUAAGCGUGAAGGAAUUAUGUUACGAAGAAUUAUGUUAAGAAGAAAAUAGAGUACAAGUAGUAAUAUACCGUAAAUUAAAUGUGAAAGAGUAACCGUAUCUGACCGUAAGCAUAAAGCGUAUCUGACUCAAAUUUUAUUCCGGAUUCAUUUUUAUCGCUUGUUUAUCACAUUCCUGAUGCGCGGGGGCUGGAUGCAUUCAAAAUUCGCGUAUCCACGGUGAAUCGAUCUAACUUUUCUCAUCGAAAACCAUGGCGUCCGGUACAAUAGCUGAAAAUAAACGUGUCACAAAUUUAAGCAUAUCUAACAAUCACGGCAGAAAAGUUCUAAACAUUUACAGAGUAUCGGCAAGUGGAGCAGAAAAAACGAAAGUGACGUUUUGCACGGACGUGGAUAAAUCUGUAAUAGUACAUAAUUUCGAGAAGAGGGGAUGGGUUCAAGUCGGUCCGGAGGAUGACUGGAAUUUUUAUUGGGCAGUCACGCAAUCGUGCAGGAAUAUAUUCAGUGUAGAAACAGGAUACAGGAUGGACGACAAACAAAUAAUUAAUCAUUUCCCGAAUCAUUACGAAUUAACUCGAAAAGACUUGUUGGUGAAAAAUAUAAAACGCUACCGGAAAGAAUUGGAGCGCGAGGGAAAUCCUUUAGCGGAAAGGGGAGAUGGCCCGGGAAAAUACCUUUAUCUCGAUUUCAUACCUAUCACAUUUGUUUUACCGGCAGACUACAAUAUGUUCGUGGAGGAGUACCGAAAAUCACCACAAAGCACGUGGAUUAUGAAACCGUGCGGCAAAUCACAAGGCGCUGGAAUAUUUCUAAUCAAUAAAUUAAGUAAACUGAAGAAGUGGUCUCGAGAAGCAAAAAACCCAUUCAAUCCAAAUUUAGCGAAAGAAUCGUAUGUAAUAUCCAGGAGGAAAAAAGUUUGAUCUCAGGCUAUACGUUCUUAUUACGUCUUUUCGACCAUUAAAAGCAUAUCUCUUCAAGCUAGGAUUUUGUCGAUUUUGUACAGUCAAGUACGACACUAGCAUUCAAGAAUUAGACAAUAUGUAUGUUCAUCUCACGAACG